AUGACUGAAUCAAGGAAGACAAAUAGCCAGGAAGACAAUGGCGAAACAGAGAGCACAUCACUACUAGCACGUGAAACAAUACCCUAUACUCCAUCACCACGCCCUACGAGUGGAAGAUCCCAGUCAACACCGGAUUUAUUCGAUUCAUUUAAUUCUGUAAGUCGUAGAGCUAGGAGUAGUACGGUAUCAAGUGUUGUAAGCACUAGUAUAGAGAUUGUACAAGGGCAUUUAGAUAAGAAGAAAUUUACAAUUUUGCUAGCCAUUAGUUUCUUUAUUUAUCUAGGUUUUGUUGUAGUAUUUGCUCCACGUACAUCAUUAGCAAGAGAUUUUAGAAGAUAUCAUAACUCAAAAUUAACUACCUCAGAGGUUUAUCGAAUAUACUUAGAUACUUUACAGGAUGAUAACUUUAUGCACCAUCAUAUGAAAAAUUAUACAAAUUUUGAUAAUAGUGUGGAAAGUCUUAAUUAUACUAUUAAAGAACUGAAGAUGCUUAACUUUGAACCUAAAAUAGAAACAUAUUAUCCGUGGGUCACCCUUCCAGAAGAAACUGAUGUACAAAUGUUGAAGGAUGGAAGAUAUGUGUUUAAUGCAACAUUAAUGGAAGACUCGUUAUCUAAUCAAAUUGAGUCAUCUGGAUUUAAAAAAGGAUACCAUGCUUAUUCGCCAAACGGUGAGGUAAGAAGUUCAUAUGUGUAUUGUAACUACGGUACAUUGAGGGAUUAUAAGAUACUUCUUGAUCAUAAUAUUCCUAUAGAAGGGAAAAUUCAUAUAUUAAGGGAUGGUCUUGUAUCGUCAGGAAUCAAACUUAAAAAUGCAGAGUUAUAUGGGGCAUCAAGUGUGUUGAUAUACAGUGAUCCAUCUGAUGAUGGAUUUGUUACUGAAAAGAAUGGAUUUAAGUCAUUUCCAAAUGGACCUGCAAGAAACCCUAGUAGUAUUAAGAGAGACUCCGUAGAGUACAUGUUUGAUUUUCCUGGUGAUCCGACUUCUCCAAAUUUCCCAUCUAAAUCCAAGGAUAUGGAAAGACUUUCACCAGCAGGAAAAAUCCCAAGGAUACCUUCUAUUCCAAUAUCGGCAAACGAAAUACGACCAAUUCUACUUGAACUUAAUGGAAAAGGUAUAAAACUUGGUGACGGUGAUAUUGAUGGAUAUGAUUACUUUUGUGGCCCAUCUGACGAAAAAGUACAACUAAAUUUACUCAACAAGCAGAAACAUUCGAUUGCUACGAUAAACGACAUUAUUGUAGAAAUACCAGGGAUAUUUUCUAACGGGGAUAUAAUCAUUGCAAGUCAUAGAGAUUCAUGGGUAUUUCCUGGCGGUGCCGCAAAUCCAGGUAGUGGGAGUGCCAUACUUUUAGAAAUUGCUCGAGGACUAAGUAAACUAAGGUCCAAAGGUUGGAUACCUCUUCGGACCAUAAAACUUGUAAGCUGGGAUGGUGAAACUACUGCAAAGAUAGGUUCCACGGAGUACAUCGAAGAUUUUGCUACUAAUUUGAAAAAUAAUGCAUUGGCAUAUAUUGAGCUUGACAAUGCUAUUUCCGGGACAGAAUUCCACUGUGCAGCUAACAAACUCAUGGAAAAUGCAAUUAUUAUGGCGGCAAAAUCAACCAGUUUCAAAGGAGAUGAAGAAUGGACUUUAUAUGAUGAAUGGAAAAAAGAGUCAAAUUCUAAACAGAUACAACUAUGUGAAGAUCCACCCUUUUCACUUUUCCAAAGUCAUCUGGGAAUUAGUUCUGCUUCGUUCCAAUUUCGAAACAACAUGAACACGGAUGCAAUAAAUCACCUUAAUUCUUUGUUUGACUCCCAUGACUGGAUGAAGCAUUUUAUUGAUCCGGACCUCAGGUUACAUGGCACACUUGCUUCAUUUUCCGGUUUAUUGACGUUGAUGUUAGGUGAAAAAGAAUUGCAUUUUUUCAGCAUUCAUCCCUAUAUGAAACAAGUCUACGAAAGAAUGACCGAGUUGAGUAAAAUGAUUAGCAAUAUUUUCCCACAUGAUGAUGAGUUACAUCAUCUGUCGCAAACAGUAGAGGCUAAUCUUGGACUAAUUACUUGGCAAGAUAGUAUUAUUUUUGAUAAUAAAGUUGAAAAAAUUUAUCAAGAAUCUUUUACAGAUAUGCCAAUUUGGUUCGGAUUCAAAAAAUUUAAAUUAUUUUUAUCACUACAGAGAAUGAAUAAAAAACUGAAGAGCUUCGAUAAAUUGUUUGUUACACAUAUGGGGUUAAACGAUAGAGAAUGGAUGAAACAUUCUCUUCUUGCACCUAACAAGUAUAAUGGGCUUACUGGGGAUAUUCUUCCCGGUGUACAUGAAGCGCUAGUUGAUAUGAACAGAUCAAGAGUUUCGAAAGAAUUGACUAUCUUACAAGAACAAUUCGAAAACGUAAGAAAGCUUCUUGCUUGA